UAAGCACAUGUGACACAUAACAUUGGGAGCAGAAUGUCUGUGAAUGCCCCGAGCAGCAGUGAUGCGUGUUUAAGCAUUGUUCACAGCCUGAUGUGCCACCGCCAGGGAGGAGAGAAUGAGAGCUUCGCCAAACGUGCCAUUGAAAGCCUGGUAAAGAAACUCAAAGAGAAAAGAGAUGAGCUUGACUCCCUCAUCACUGCUAUCACCACAAAUGGAGUCCAUCCAAGCAAGUGUGUCACCAUACAAAGAACGCUGGACGGACGUUUGCAGGUGGCUGGGCGGAAGGGUUUCCCUCAUGUCAUAUACGCUCGUCUGUGGCGAUGGCCGGACCUUCACAAGAAUGAACUCAAGCAUGUCAAGUUCUGUCAGUAUGCAUUCGAUCUGAAGUACGAUAACGUGUGUGUGAACCCUUACCACUAUGAGCGAGUGGUGUCCCCUGGGAUCGUGGGAUUCAGUUUGCCAAACACAGGCAGGCUGAUAAAAGAAGAGCACAUACAUGACUGCAUCCAGAUGGAGGGUCCGUCGAGUAUGACCUUACAUCAAGACCAUCAUCCUCCAGAUCACUACAGCCCACAGCAACUGAGACUGAUGUCCCCAGAGCCGCCCCAGCGAACCACUUCCUCUGUCACUCUCUACCCCAGCCUGCCCCUCUCUCCACCCUCGAGUGCUUCCAGGUUGUCCAUGCAGGUAGAACGACCUGAGGGACUGUUGCAGAUCACCUCCCCAGCGGGACGGGCAUUAACCUCCAGCUCUCCACCUUCCACCCCAACACACAGUCACAUACCCACACACAGCCAGCCCUCGUCCCAGCAGCCCUCUAUCAGUCAGAGUGAAUACAGCACCUCCAAACACACACAGGGCUCUUACCACACAACAACCUGGACAGGGACCAGCACAGCCUCUUAUACUCCUACUGGACCACAGCAAAAUGGGCGGAGUCAUCAGCAAGCCCCUCCCCCUCAUACGAGCCACUUCUGGUCUCAACAUCACACACCAGCCUCAUACCCUCAACCGGUCUCUAAUCAUCCAGGCCCAGAGUUCUGGUGCUCAAUCUCUUAUUUCGAGAUGGAUGUGCAGGUCGGGGAGAUGUUUAAGGUUCUAGCAAACUGUCCUGUGGUGACGGUGGAUGGAUAUGUGGACCCUUCGGGUGGGGACCGCUUUUGUCUGGGUCAGCUUAGCAAUGUUCACCGAACUGAUACCAGUGAGAGGGCACGGCUUCACAUUGGUAAAGGUAUUCAGCUGGAGUGCCGUGGGGAGGGGGAUGUGUGGAUGCGUUGCCUUAGUGACCAUGCUGUCUUCGUGCAAAGUUACUACCUGGACAGGGAGGCAGGGAGAGCACCAGGGGAUGCUGUUCACAAGAUCUACCCAGGAGCCCUCAUUAAGGUGUUUGAUCUUCGUCAGUGUCACAGGCAGAUGCAGCAGCAAGCGGCGACUGCACAGGCAGCUGCAGCUGCGCAGGCUGCAGCGGUAGCUGGAAACAUCCCUGGGCCUGGCAGUGUUGGAGGAAUUGCUCCUGCCAUCAGUCUGUCAGCGGCAGCUGGAAUAGGUGUUGAUGACCUGCGUCGUUUGUGUAUCCUUCGUCUGAGUUUUGUAAAGGGUUGGGGACCUGACUACCCUCGACAGACCAUCAAACAGACACCAUGCUGGGUGGAAGUUCAUCUACACCGUGCCCUGCAGCUGCUGGACGAGGUCCUGCACACCAUGCCCCUCGCUGACCCCGGACCUGCCAACUGACCCACAGACUGCAAAAUAUACAAGUCCUGUCACAAAAACAGGAAAGAUGACUGACAGAGAGGCACACACACCUGCACAAGCAAACAGUGACUCAUAGUACCACAUACACGCAUAAG